GAGCAUAUAUCGGUGCUUGAAACGGCUAACAAUCUCGGUAUGUUAUAUGCUAGCCAAGGCAGGCUAGCGGAGGCCGAGGAGAUGUAUGUACGAGCUCUACGCGGGAAGAAGAAGGUAUUAGGCGCGGAGCACACGUCGACGCUUGACACGGUCGUUAAUCUCGGCGCUACAUACGCCAUUCAAGGCCAGAUUUCAGAGGCCGAGGAGAUGUAUGAGCGGGCGUUACGCGGUGAAGAGCACCCGUCCAAGCUUAAUGCAGUCACCAAUCUUGGCAAUUUAUAUUUCAACCAAGGCAAGGUGGUGGAGGCGGAGGAUAUGUAUCUACGGGCGCUUUGUGGAUCCGAGGAGGCAUGGGGCGCGGAACACAUGUCGACACUUACUAUAAUCUACAAUCUCGGCGCUCUGUACACCGACCAAGACAAAAGGGCGGAGGCGGAAGAGAUGUAUAUACGGGCGCUACGCGGAUACGAGAAG